CUGUGGAUAAAAUCGUUUUGCUAGGUCGAAAAUGUCCGACGAAAAAGAUUGACAUCUGAUUGCUCAGAUAUCUUUGCCGAACGCUCCAGAUCAUAAACAUAGACUCCUGUCUCUAUGCUCCAGAUGUGUAUUGUUGAUAGAAUUAAUCAUGUUAUAUUUUUCAAGAAAUCAGAGAUAAUGAACAUACAACAACGUUUCCAAUGUUCAACACUUUUAGACGUUCACAAGAGAUUAAUGCAAUGUCAUGACACUGGGAAGUCUGGAAAUGAAUUGAGUAAAUACGAUGAAUUGCUUAUCCAUAAAAAUCACAAAUUUUUAUGGGAAGAAAAUGAAAAUGAACUAACAUGGGAAGAAGAACUUGCUAAAAAGUAUUAUGACAAAUUAUUUAAGGAAUAUUGUAUAUGUGACCUCUCAAAAUAUAAAGAAAAUAAAGUUGCCUUGAGAUGGAGGACUAAAAACGAAGUUGUGUUGGGAGCGGGACAGUUUUCAUGUGCUGAAAAGAAAUGUGACGCCAAAGAACAUUUGAAAACUUGGGAAGUUAAUUUUUGCUAUCUUGAAAACAAUGAGAAGAAAAAUGCUUUGGUGAAAAUCAAACUAUGUGAAGAUUGUUCAGCUAAAUUAAAUUAUCAUAGUAAGAAACGUGAAGUCAAAAGAUUGAAAAGAAAACGCAAAUCAAAAAUUAAUUCUGAAAAAGAGAUAUCAAAUGUUCAAGAGUCUACCGAGUCCCUUGAAAUGAUUGAAAAAGAACCUUCUGCCUGUACCACUAGUUGGAAAGAAGAAACUCAGAGCCCUUGGUCUCAGAAGUGUGAUGUUGAAGUUAAAUCUAGAGAGGAAGAGAUGGAUGAUUAUCUUGACGAACUAUUGAUUUGAAUCUUUUUUAAAUUACCUUCCAAGUUCAAUUCAAUCUGAGAUACAACCAAGACUAAAUAAUUUGAUACAAUCUAAAAGAAACUGAAUUGCAUGCAAUAAUCCCGAUCUAUAAUAUUCUUAAAUUAUUGCUUGACUGAAGUAUUCUUUAUUGAAAUAAAUUUUCAAAUUGAUCUUUAAGAUUUUGCCAAAAUGUUGAAGAAAAACAUCAACUAGACCAGAUCAUUGAAACUAAAUUGAAUCUAAGAAGAAAUAGCAUUAUAAACAUUGAAUUUAAUAUAAAUCAAAUAAUUUGACAA